AUGACGUGCCGGAAAUGGCGCGAGGCUUUCUGCAAGCAUCUCCGCGUACUCUCAUUUGAUUCGCUUGACUGGGAAGGGUAUGAGAACUUUACCACUAGUCAGAUAGAGAUUCUGAUAAGUCGGAUAAUUUUCCAGACAACAGGACUGCAGUCUCUGCUUAUUAGGUUGUAUGAUGACUAUUGGUGCUCGGCCUCGGUGGUGGUGAGUUGGCUCCUUUAUACAAGGACCAGCUUGAGGGAGCUGGACUAUGAUUGCUCCACGAACCCAGACUUGAACAUUGUAGACUUUUGUAGGACCCAAAAGCUUGAGAAGCUGACUCUAGCUCAUGCUCUCAUUGAACACAUCGAUCCAAAUCGCCAUAGAUUCACUACUUUGAGGUCGCUCUCCUUAGGUUACCUCCAAAUCUCGGAGGUGGACUUGAGUCUUUUACUCACUGCAUGCCCGGAGCUUGAGUCUUUGGAGCUUAUUGGACUCGACUUUUCUGGUCCUCCAGUAGAAGUUAGUGCUCCUAAUCUAAGUAGAUUCUAUAUGGAAUUCAUAGUCUUGGACAAGCUUAUCUUGAAGGCUAGCUUGGCGGAGAUCACAAUGCACAACGUUGGCAUGCAACAUCUUGAAUUCUGCGGUUUGGCUGAGAAUCUGGUGACUAUCAACUUUAACAACUUCAGGAUUCCGCAGGCAGAGUUCUACCGAUUGAUCUCGAAAUCCUUGAAAUUGAGGACGCUCAGGCUUUGGGAUGUGGUGUUCGAUGCGGGGACCAAGGCUGUUGACUUGGGCACGAUUGCCAUGUGCUGCCCGCAGCUCAGCCUUCUGUCUCUAAGCUGCGACGGAUUAGAUGGUCAGCUGCUUCCGUAUUGUCUCCUAGCAUCUGGUCGCUUUGACAAUGUGGUUUGCUUGAAGGUUGGGUGGUCGAACACUCUGAAGGACGAAUUCGUGGACUUGGUCGAGAGGUUGCUAGGACGCUGCCCGCGCAUUAUGAAGCUGACUGUGGAUGGGAGAAUUUCAGGUGUGGACUACAAGGAUUGUCAGGUGCUCGCUCGUUUCAACAAUGCCAUAUUCCGCACUGUGAAGAAGUAUAUUCAUGUAGAUGUGCAGUUUGAGUAUCGUUAG